AUGCUAUCGCUGUGGACAAAAGUGAGAAUGUUGUUACGAAGAUACGCAAAAAUAUUUGAUACAACGAAACCAUCCGUUAUUGAUACCACCAUCCAACACGCCAUUGAUUUGGAAGAAGGUAGUCGUCCUACCACCGCAGCAUAUUAUCGACAAAAUCCGAAAAAUAAUGAAAUCAUUGAUGAAGCGGUAAAACAACUAUUACAAGAAGACAGAGCAGAACGAUCUUAUUCAGCAUGGUCGUCACCCAUUGUCUUGGUAAAAAAAAAGAUGACUCACUCCGCUUUUGUAUUGAUUUUCGCAAAUUAUAUGACGCUGUUGAACGAAAAGCAAUAAAGAACUACAGCUUUCUUAGUUGUACUGUUGACUUUUGGAGAAGUCGAGUUACAAAAAAGUCAAAUUCAAGUCAUUAUGUGAAGAUGAUAGUUCAUCGAAUUUUAUUACUUUAUUAUUUUUCAAAAAAAGUAUUUCUGGUAAAAGUAUUAAAUUUUGUCUAUGAUACAAAAACAUUAUUUGUAGCGGUACUUUGAGCUAAAUAAUGAAGGUCACAAUAUUCGAGUUUUAUUUACAGGUUUGUAUUUUCUUUUCUGUUUGUAAUGUACGAUAUGUUUUUUAAUGACAAUGACUUAGUAUGCAAAGAUCAUAUACAUAGCUGCCAUAUUUAAACUGAAAAGAAGCGAAGGAUAAAGGAAACAACCAAACGGAUGACUGUUAAAACAGAAAAGGUUACUUAAUCCUCGAGAGUGAGCAAGAAACGAAUCGUAGAAGUAAGAAAUCGUAAAACAAUCGAUCUUCUGAUAUAUCGCUACAGCACAUAAUUGAAUCAAAUCUACAUUAAGAUAGAAUUUUCAUACCCUUCAGUUUAACAUAUUUAACGCAUGCAAUUGUUCACACUUGUUUAUUUUUAAAGUGUAAUAAUCAAUCGAUUAUUAUGUUUCCUAGACACUACUAAAACUUAGCCAUUCCAGGCUGAAAAUUUUGUCUUUGUCGCGGUGACACAGGAAAAGUAGAGAAAAUAUUGGACUAUCUCUUAAAGGAAAAACAGGUCAGUUUCAAACGAAACGUAGUUAUACAAGAAUAUAUCAAGUUUGUGAUUGCACCUUCAGGUUACACACUCACUUUUUCUCGAGUCGAUAUGAGAACGCUUGGUUGACUUAAUGUAUAAACAACUAUGUGCACUUCGUAUAUCAGAUUUGGAAGAAUGUUGGUGGAAUAGUCACAUUUGCUGUUCACUACCAGAGAACAAGAUAUUUUUUUGUCAUAAAAGAUAUAGCAUUUGGUUUUGUUCUUUCUUUUAUUUUUUGAAUUUUUUCCACUAAGGCAAUUUUUUUCUAAUGUGCUCUGGACACAAUUAAAAAACUAUUUCAAAAACAAGCUUAGUGUUUCCAUCUCAAUCAAAUUGGUUCAUGUAUUAUAGUUUAAGAUGAAAAAGGAAUAAAACUUUUUCUUUUCAAAAGUGCAUGAAAAAUGGCAUUUUAUUCGACGUAUGUGAAUAUUUUGAAUGUUGAAUGCUUGAGUCAUUUUUAAUCCUAUGAAAUUUACCACUUAAUAUGCUUUCUUCGAAGAACACAUACUGUUGUGCGUUCUUAUUGUUCUUAAUCACUGAUUUUCUUUUUUCAAAAACCGGUAAAACCGUUUGAAGUGGGCGCAAAAUUAGAUUCUGCCUAUAUCCAUGAGUGGAUCAAGACAAAUGAAAAGUUGUUUGUGGAUCACAAUCUUUUCCAAGAGCAGGUAGAAGAAAGACAAAAACAUUAGAAACACUAAUUGACCUGGCAGCAGAGGGAAUUUUACCUGAAGAAGAAAACUAGUACAAAGUUUUCAAGCAAAGAUAAUGACAGAUAAGUUGAGAGACUUUAAAAUCAAAGUAGAUUCUGCAUCAAAUAAUUCAGUAAGAUAGCACUACGCAGUAUUAAAUAACAAUGUAUUACAAUUUAAAGCACUGAAAGUUUUCGCUGUCGUCUAGCGAAUACGGUCGUGAGAGACGAUGACAGAAGUAAUUAAUUGUUAAAUCAACUAUUUUUGUAUAUGUCGAAUUAUUUUUUACUGGUAGUAUGAAUAAUUCGAUGAUCUAAGCCAGAGCAUGGCCAAUUGCCACGCAC